AGCAGGGACAGAGCAGUAACUUUAGAAAGAAUCGGAAAGAACUCGAGAAGACGCACCCAACCAUGACGACCUCUGAUCCCAACAAGUUGAUGAGAAAAGCUGAUGAUCUAACAAGACUGAGUCUCACGAGGUGGAAGGCAGAUUGGAGAACUGCCACUGGUCUUUAUGAGCAGGCUGCUAUUGCGUUUAGAGCUGCCAAGGACUAUGAGAAUGCCAAAACAGCAUAUGAGAAAGCUUCAAAAGGACAAGAGAUGCUAUCUUCACCUUGGGAUGCUGCUAAGCACAUGGAAUCUGCUGCUGCUCUGGCAAAGGAUCUAAGCCAAUGGAGGGAAGUUGGGGACUUCUAUCGAAAGGCAUCUGAAUUGUACAUGGAGUGUGGGAGACCACAACCUGCAUCAGAUGCUCUUGCAAAGGGAGCUCGUGCUUUGGAAGAUACCAUGUCUGAAGAAGCUAUUCAGCUAUAUACAGAUGCAUGUACAAUUCUUGAAGAGGAUGGAAGAGAACAAAUGGCCUUUGAUCUGUAUCGUGCUGCCACUAGUGUUUAUGUAAAACUUGAGAAGUAUACAGAUGCUGCAUCUUUCCUGUUGAGAUUGGGCUUGGCAGCUGACAAUUGUAAUGCUACCAAUAGCCAGUGCAAGGCAUAUCUUAGUGCGAUUAUUGUCUACCUUUACGCUCAUGACUUCAAGCAAGCAGAGAAGUGCUAUAAUGACUGCUCUCAGAUUGAUGCUUUUGUCAGCAGUGACCAGAAUCGUUGUGCUAGCAAGCUUCUUGCUGCCUACACAGAUGGAGACAUUGAAGAAAUUAAACGCAUUGCUCAGUCGGGCACUAUUUCACAUCUGGACCAUGUGAUCAUUAGGCUUGCAAGGAAACUUCCCACAGGCGAUGUGAGUGUGUUCAAGGCUGACACUGCAGAAGAUGAAGAGCAGCCAUUGGACGAAAACGACCUGACUUAACCUCUAAUGAAGUUUAUCUAUCUGUGCCUAUUUAUAGGAUUGAUGAAGGACCCAUUACAAUUUGAUGAUUGAAUUGAAUUGAUGAUCAGUAUAUAUCGGUUUUUGUAUAAAACAGUUUGUUCUUUUGUUCGGUAGAUACGUGUGGAAUGCAGGCAAGGAGAGGAGCGCUAUUAUUCAUUGAUCCGAAUGAGAUGUGUUACUUGGAUGUUAAGUCUGUCGACCACUUGUGGAAAAGCCUUCUUUAUUUGGUGAUAAUUAAAUAAUU